UGGUAUCUCACUUUGGGGAGCUCCAGAAUGAGCCAGAUGACGAACGGAGUGGCGUGCCCUGCCUGCGAGCUGCUGCACGGAGUAAUACGCUGAAGGUCGCACCACCUGUGCCCCACAACCCGGUUCCCCACUGCCUCUGUCCCUCGUGCCAGGAUCUGCUGCGCCGCUGGGCCAUGGAGGAGCGGGUGCAGGAGGAGGUGCCGGCAGCCCAGCGCACAGGAGGCCACCACCCCGUGCGGGAAGGAGAGGUGUUCAACACGCGAUACCAGGCUCUGUGCAAGCUGGGCCACGGCGCCUUUGCCACCGUCUGGCUGUGCCAGGACAUGAGGAGGAAGAAACACGUAGCUGUGAAGGUCCUGAAAAGCAGGGAAGGCUUUGCUGAGGCUGCCCAGGACGAGGUCGCUCUCCUCCGCUGCGUGAGCAGUAUGAAGAAGAAGGACCAGGCAGGAGAAAACAUCGUCUGUUUGUUAGACGACUUCAGAAUGAUUGGAGAGAACGGCUUCCAUAUCCUUCUGCUGAAAGCGCUGGGUCCUUCCCUGCGGUGUCUGAUGGGUAACUACGCAGCCCAGGGACUGCCUUUGCCUUUUGUGAAAAAAUCUUUACAGCAGGUGCUGGCAGGGCUGCACUUCCUGCACAAGCGCUGCCGCAUUAUCCACACGGACAUCAAACCGGAGAACGUCUUGCUGUACGGACGUGACAAAAGCCUCCAAAGGCUUCUGCCCGAUACGCUCGACUGCAGCCAGAGAACAGAUCUGAGGCUCAAGGGACCAGGAGGUGAUCUUGGCAAUCGAUUGGAAGAAUCUGAUUUAAUGAGCAUGGAAGUGAAAAUUGCAGAUCUGGGCAGUGCGUGCUGGACAUACAAGCCUUUUUCCAAGGAGAUACAGACCCAGCCAUACCGUGCCCUGGAAGUGCUUCUUGGAUUAGACUACGGCACUCCUGCGGAUAUCUGGAGCACGGGCUGCCUGGCAUUUGAAAUGGCAACUGGGGAGCGUCUGUUUGAUCCUCAACCUGGGAAAUAUUUCUCCAGAGAUGAUGAUCAUGUUGCUCGUAUUAUUGAACUCCUGGGAAGAAUUCCUCCUCAAAUUGCUUUCUCCUGGAACAAGUCAACAAAAUUCUUCAGCAGGCCAGGUAAGAAUUGGAGUAAGGAAGUUUACUCUAAAAAACACUGUGGAUCCCUGACACACUCCUACUCAGCUCACACAGUCUUCAUCCCAAAAGUUAUGUUACGCAACACAGGCUACAAGCAGGGACUGAACACAAGCGGAGAUAUCAUAAAGAGCAGUAACACUCCCUGCCCACGUUUGCAAUCCAGGAGCGUUCCAGGGAUGAAUACAAAAUCCUGAAAAACGGUCAUAGCAAACACCCAACAGGGAAAACAUUUCCAUUCUUUCUCCUUUGGAUUUGGAGAGAAUGGAAAUACGGACAGGAAAUAGCUACAUGCCAGGAAGGCUGAAGAGUGUGUAACUGCCUGGAUUUCACCCGUUCACUGGCAGAGAACAAUGGUGAUCAGGAAUGGGACACUCGUACCCUUCCAUCCUUCCAACGCGGCUGCUAUAUUUAGUCUUCUGACCCAACUGUAACGUCUCUUCUGUUUUAUUCUCCCCAAUUCCUUUCCCUUUGACUCACUAGGCUUGAAAUCUUUGUCUUUGACCUCAAGGCAUCACAUGACUCCAUCCUUCUGCAAUUUAGCCUAUCCUCCUCUUCCUCUGCUUUCACGCUCACCAGCCACACAGCUUCAGCAUACCCACAAUUCAUUCAAUGUUGAGUGCUGGUCCCAUGCUGCAGUUCAACGAGCACCUCCCUGCACAUUCAGAUCCUUUGCUCACACUUAUUCCUUCUAUGGUGCUCGAAAGAAAUGAGUCAAAACUAGUUCUCGUUCUAUAUUCAUUCUCUGUGUGAACCAAACUGGCCUGACCUGAAUCACAUUUACACCAGGUACUCCCGAGGACAAGGAUAGCUUCUGGGUCAGUAGUGGCACUCCUCUGGGCCCCAUGGAGCUCGUAGGCACAAAACAAAUUAACCAUUAGUGUCUUGCAAGCUCUGGCACUGAAAUGGCCCGAUGCAUUCUGGGUUGCGUGCGGACAGGCAGAGGGAGCAAGCAGCAAUGGCUUUGGCAUGGCUAUUCUGGGAACACUUCAUUCGCUCUUGGCAUGUUCUCAUCUAAGCAAUGGGGAGACUCCAAACACUAGCUUGGAAAGACCAUUUCUGAGAAACACCCGAGAGCCAAACCUGCAAGGGGCAGUGCGGGUGAA